GGACAGCCAGGGCUGGGCAGAAGAACCCUGUCUCAAAAUCAGAAAAGUAUGGGAGAGAUUAGGAGACAGGAAGCUGCCUUGAGAGUGGACACACAGUGGAGCAUCACGUGAGGGGGAGUGGUUGGGAAACCUAGUAGUCCCUUGGCAUCCAGUAGUCCCUGUCUUCUGCAUGGGAAGGCCGCAGGACAGCGAGUGUACGGUGGAGUGAAUGACUGCAAGCACAGUACAGGAUGUAUUUAACCGGUGCUUGUGGCAGGACUCCUUUGGAGUCCUUCCUGCCGCCUGUUCUCCAGGGCUGGUUGUAGGGGUACCCCUCUGUGGAACCUUGUGUUGUCUGAUGGGCUGGGCAUGAGACAGUGGGAGCUCCACUUGUGGGGAGGGGGCUCACUUUUGCUAGCCUAUAAGGGAGGUGGUGGCCGCGUUUCUAAGUGCUGGGGAGGGGCUGGAGGGUGGAGGGACCCUUGGUUCUUGAUGGACACCUUAUCAGCAAGUGCCAGACAAGAACGGGCCUUGAGUGAGCCCUGUUAUCAGCCCAGAGUCCACAGGACACUUGGGUUAAUGUGUAACCACAAGUCUUCCCCUCUGCCCUCUGAAGCCACUUGUUCCUAAAGGGAAGUGACUCAACAUGGAUGCUAGAAAAGAGGGGCUGCCCUUGGAGACACUCUUUUCAGACCAAUACCCACAGGUCUGCAGGUGGCUGGUCCCCUUCAUCCUUGCCUGCUCCCUCUACUUCCUCCUCUGGAUUCCUGUGGACCAGCCAUCUUGGGUCAGUGCCCUGAUCAAGUGCCAGCCUAUUCUCUGCCUGGUUGUGUUCCUGUGGGCUGUGGCCCCUGGUGGGAGCUACACCUGGCUCCUGCAGGGAGCUCUUGUAUGUUCUUCUGUGGGAGAUGCCUGCCUCAUCUGGCCUGAAGCUUUCUUACAUGGCAUGGCAGCCUUCUCUGUUGCCCACUUAUUCUACCUCUGGGCUUUUGGCCUGUCCCCGCUGCAGCCCGGAUUGCUGCUGUGCACCACGUGGGCCUCUCUGACAUACUACAGCUUCCUCCUGCUACAUCUUGAGCCGGACAUGGUCUUGCCAGUGUCAGCCUAUGGGCUGAUCUUGAACUCCAUGGUGUGGCGUGGCCUUGUCUGUGGUGGACGUGCUGGCUGGGGCGCUGUGCUCUUUAUGUUCUCAGACGGUGUGCUGGCCUGGGACACAUUCGUCUACUCUCUGCCUUCUGCCCGCCUAGUGAUCAUGAGCACCUACUAUGCAGCCCAGCUCCUCCUCACCCUGUCAGCCCUCAGGAACCCAAGGCUCAAAACCCACUAAUGCAGGACCCAGACAGCCUGGUAUCCCCUCCCAGUAAGGACCUUGGCUUUCCACACUGACCCAGCCUGGCAAGUGACUGCUUCCAGUCAUACGCCAACAGAUAUGUGGCCAUCUUAAACAUCUGUAUACUAUUGGCCGAAUUUCAAAUCUGCCUCUGAUCUCAAGCUGCCUUCCCUGGCCUCUGAUUUUGGAUCCCAGGAUCCUCAAUCCUGGAAAAUACUUGGCAAAAGCUUGUAUUCAAGUAAUUUCCCCUCGCCAUGCCCACCUACUUCCUCUUCCCAGUCAGCCUUUCCUAUCCACCUGCCCCUUCACACUGCUCCAAAUCUGGCUCUAGCUGUUUAAGUAAAGCGAGUGUUGGAA